ACUGUGAUGUAACGUCUCCCUGAUCGUUACGCGCUGUUUCACCGCACUCUGUUGGUAAACAUUAUGUCUUUAUAACAAGCUCUGGUAGCAAUGUGAAAGGGUUAAACAAAAACAUUUGGAUAAAACGAAAAGAGAAAAUGGACCAGAAAGAAUUCAGAGAAAGGAUGGGGACCAACCAUCACUUUCACCCGGAAUUGAAUCCACAAGUUCCCAAAACACACUGGUGGAACAAGCAGAAACCUGGGCAGCCACUUCAGAUUAAUCGUCCAAGAUCGUCAACACUUGAGGAUACAACAUCGUCACCCGUCGGGUCGCCCGUUUCAAACUCACCACACAUGCCGGCGUCGCCCGUCGGAUCGCCAGCAACAGUAGCAAAAGGUGCACAUGUUCCGCAUAUCAAUUUUGACUUCAACAAGCAGAGAACGAGAUCGUUCAAAGCAGACGACCAUAAAGACAGUAUUCUGACGUAAUAAUUGACGUCAUAAAUGAUUUUAAAGUGUUAAAGAUAAUAAUGAAAAAUGUAAUAAUAAAACAAACAUUUGUAGUAAAUGUCCGGACUAGGGAAUAUAUUUGGUUGUAGGUGACAAUACAUAGUAACAGUGUAUCGUCAUAAAUAACUA